AGAAAGCAUAGUUGGUUGAAAACGAGACGGUUCCUGACCACAGAAUAGAGAGAAGCAUCAUGAAACCAAAGAAGAGAAAAAGAUUUUUUUUUUUGCUGAUAAAAAGACGAAACUAGCCUCAAAAAAGAAUUGAAUCACAGAAAACUCGCCACGAUAAUCCUCCUCCUGCAACUUGCACUUUCCUCUUUAUUAUUUCUCUGUACCCAGAAAAAUAGAAAAAACACCAAAAGAGAGACAGAACAGAAGCAACCCUCAGAAUCUUGAAGAGUGAAUCCGAUGGGGAAGAAGAAGUGUGCUUUAUGCGACGGUGUUGCAAGAAUGUAUUGCGAGUCAGAUCAAGCGAGUCUAUGCUGGAACUGCGACGGUAAAGUUCACGGCGCUAACUUCCUUGUCGCCAAGCACACGCGUUGUCUUCUCUGCACCUCUUGCCAGUCCCUUACGCCGUGGAAAGCCACGGGGCUUCGUCUCGGUCCAACCUUCUCCGUCUGCGAGUCAUGCGUCGCUCUUAAAUCCGCCGCCGCCGGUGGAAUCGGUGUCGGCAAUGGUUCCGAGAACGAAGAGGAUCGUCUCGGGCUCAUAGAUGACGACGCGGAGUCUUACGACGAUGAUGAGGACGAAGAUGAAGAUGAGGAGUACAGUGAUGAAGAUGAAGAAGUUGACGAGGAGGAAGUGGAGAACCAAGUAGUGCCGUGGUCUGCGGCGGCUGCAGCGCAACUGCCUCCUAUGAUGAGUUCAUCAUCAUCUUCUGACGGCGGAGAUCUGGUGGGGAAAAGGGGGAGGGACUGCUCCGAUGACGAGAUCGGAAGCUCUUCUUCAGCUCAAGAGUUAAACUAUUCUCCACCGUUAAAGCGUCCGUCGAGAGAAGGACCCGCGUCCAAAUCAAAGGCUGCGGUUAACUCUCUCAUCAGUUUAGAAGGAGAGAUCUCAGCCGUUGAUUCAUCUCCCUCAUCGUCGUAUUCUCUGAUCGUUGCCAUCCCCAAAACGAGGAGAGAUCUCAGCCGUUGAUUCUCCAUUUCCGUCCAUUUCUGAAAUUCUAACAAUACUUGUUUUAGUGUUGAGAUAAUUAAUUAUUGUUGUGCAACUUGUAUUUUAAUAUGUUAAUAUCAUUAUUAGUUGUUGUCUUUUUAUCUUAGUGACUAAUUUGGAUUCGUAA